UUUUGCGUUGUGUUCAAGGAACCUUGUUUUAUUUAGUGUGAAAUUUCAAUAAAAUUCAACUGUCACUGCAUGUUUUAAAAGAAUUUUGUUAAGGUUGUUUGUUGAUGUGAUGUGAUGUAUAUACAAACAACUGGUUUCGUUUUUUUCUCGAAUUUAAUCAUCUAUUUAUGUCACACCAGCCAUCCUCUGAAAGAAUAGGCAUGCAGGCUGCAGCAGCAACAGUAAAGAAAGAUGAAAAAUCGGAAGCUAUGUGCAAAGAACUAAAAAAUACUCUUCUGCAGUUUGAAGAAGAAAGAAGGAAAAAUGCUGAAACUAUAAAUUCUAUCUGCAGGAUUUAUGACGAGAUUGAAGAAGAUCCAAGAAAGGCAAUUUUGCAAACUCAUAAAUUGAGCAGCAAACAUGAUAAAGCACGAAAAGAUAUACAGCGAGAAAUCAGUUUAGUCAAGAAAGCUUUGGAACUUAUUCAGGAACAGCACAAAUAUCAGUUUUUAACAGUUGCUUCAAAAAAGGAAAAAUCUAUGAGAGCAAAAGGCAAAGCAGCAUUAAUGUCACAGAUUUUACAAAAUGGUAUUAGUUUGCCGCUGUGGAUUGGCAAAUCAACUGAAUUACCACCACCUCUAUGUGGAGCUAUACCUGCAGAUCCUGAUUACAUAGCAAAGGUUGGUGAUAUGGUUGCAGCUUUAGCGACAGUGUCGCCUGAAAAUUCAGAAAAUGAAGAAAAUGAAAAUAACUGGAUUUUAGCUGAAGUUACUGGAUAUGAUGAAAUCAAACAAGAAUAUAAAGUCGAUGAUAUUGACAAAGUGGCAAGAGCUGAGCAUGUUGUCCAUCGGACUGGGGUUAUUCCUCUUCCUUUAAUGAGGGCCAAUCCUGAAACAAACCCUGAAGCUAUUUUUCCAGCAGGAGCUCUUGUGCUAGCUCUAUAUCCACAGACUACCUGCUUCUACAAAGCUGUUGUGCAUGAACCACCCCAAAAAGCACAUGAACCAUACAGUCUUCUGUUUGAAGACACCUCUUGUAAAAGUGGUUAUUCUCCACCCAAAAAAAUACAUCAGCAUUAUGUGAUAAAUUAUAUAGAAAAUGAUAUGGAUGAUAACAUAGAUCAUGGUACUGAUGAUGAUUCAUACAGUGACACAGAUAACGACAUGGAUGAUGAUGAUGAUGAUGAUGAUGAUGAUGAUGAUAUAGAUGAUGACAUGGAUGAAUCUGAAUAAUCCAUUAUGUAUAUAUAUUUUAAUCUGUACUAUUUGAUUAAAAACUUGAACUCUUUUACA